UGCCAAAUGGCUGCUGCAGUGAUCUCUACUACAUUAUUUGGUUGUGUUGGAUGUCAAGCGGGAAUCGAAUAUUUACAAACAUAUGUGAAAAAUAGUCUAAACCUUAUCACAUUCGCAUCAUUCAUUUUCACAGCGACAUAUGGUCUUAUAUUUCACUCUAAAUUUUUUACGGUUCCCAAUAGGAUACCGAUUAAGUCAUAUGCGAAAAUUGUGGCGAUUUUCUUUACAGUCAACAUGACAAACAAUUUAGCUUUGAAAUUUGCAAUUUAUUUUCCACUUUUCAUAAUUUUCAAAUCGGGCACACUACUUACGAACAUGACAAUGGGAUGGAUUAUACGAAAUUAUCAGUACAGUUUAAAACAAAUCAGUGCAGUUGUGGUAGUUACAGCUGGAAUUGUAAUAUUCACGUUGGCCAGUUAUGAGCCUGGUGCACAAAAUAUUCGAUCAGGAAUUGACUCAAACUCAUGGUUAAUACCAAUUCCUCCAUUUGUCGUUGGGUUGGCUCUUCUUUCUUUUGCACUGAUUCUCAGUGCAUAUUUGGGAUUAUAUCAAGAAACAUUCUAUCAAAAACAUGGAAAACACAAUGAGGAGAUGAUGUUUUAUGUGCAUUUCCUCUCAAUUCCUUUGUUUGCUUUCGUUGGUGACGAUAUGGUUCCAGCAUUCCAUGCCGCUUACUCAACACCUUCAUUUGUUAUUGCUGGAUUGGAUACUGUAGUCCCAUCGGCAUGGGUGUAUAUUUUUGCAAUUUGCCUAUUCCAAUUCGCUUGCACAAAAGGUGUCUACAUGCUCUCCGCCGUGACAACAUCUCUAAACGUGACAAUGGUCCUAACUCUCCGAAAAUUCUUUUCGCUUUUGAUCUCAUUUAUAGUUUUUGAAAACGUUUUCAACAUGUUUCACAUCAUCGGUGCCGCAUUUGUUUUCAUUGGAACAAUCCUUUUUUCAGUGUCAUUUGCCCGCUUUUAAGAUAUCAAUCUCUCUUCAUCAUCUCGAAUUUGUAUCAUUUUUUGCAUGGAACAUUUCAGAACAAUGUGAUAAUAAACUAUUUGCACUAUG